AUGCUUUAUACCAAUUUUGCCUUGGUACAACAAUGGUAUGCUGAAGGCAACGAGGUCGCCGACCAUACAUUUACUCAUGUUGGCUCUCCAUCUUCACAAGAAAUCGCUGCUGCUCGCGCCAUGUUGAAUCAAUACGGUGGUAUCCCUCUUGGCAAAAUCAAGGGUUUCAGAGCACCUUUCUUGAACUACACUCAAGACACUCUGCGAGAGAUUGCUUCUCAAGGAUUCCAAUACGAUACGUCUGCAACUGGCGUAGUCGAUGAUUGCUACUGGCCAUACACUCUUGAUUACGGUUUAGCUAAUGAUUGUUGGAACAAUGUAUGUGGCUCUGAACUCAAGUUGCCUGGUGUCUGGGAGAUCCCCAUGUAUGCAGUUCAGGAUAAUGCAGGAACCGCUCAAUUGAUGGACGUGUACCUUGCUGGCUCUCCUUCUGAUGUCACUGCUUGGUCCAACGCCAACUUUGAUAGACAUUACAAUGGCAAUCGUCAACCUUUUGGUAUCUACGUUCAUCCUACCCACUUGACAAACUACCCUGGCCUUGCUGAUACGACUGCUCAAAAGAGUGCAGUGGUCAGUUUCAUUCAAUCACUUCAAGGAAAGCCUGAUGUUUGGUUUGUCACCAAUGACCAAUUGUUGCAAUGGAUGCAAAACCCUGUUCCUGCAAGUCAGUUAGCCAACCAGCCUUACAUGCAAUGUACUACUCCCAACAUUGGCAAGGAAAUUUGUAACGGUUUAGAGAACAUUACUAUUGCCAGUAACGUUGUCUCUGGUAGUUUGCUCAAUUCGUGCAAUUUUAACACUGCCAAUUGGGCCACUUGUUUCAACUGUCCUUCUUCUGAGCCCACUUUGGAAAACCCUACACCCAAUGCUGCUGUUGCUUCUACUGAUCCCAAGUUCCGUCAUCCUGUUCCCAAUAAUUGCGAUAGUCUUUGGUGGGAUCCUAUUGCCGGUCAAUGUUUAUGCUCAAACACAACUUGUGCCUACAAUGAUACAUCUGUUCCUGUUGCCACAAAUACCACUGUGAACAAGGUCGUAUCAUCUACUGGAAACAAUUCUCAACAAACCAAUGCCGACAAGAAUGGUGCUGCUCAACUCACUGCUACUGUGAUGGGUCUUGCUUUGAGUGCUGGUGUUGCUGCAAUUAUGGCAUUGUAA